UUUCCCUAAUACUGCUAGAUUUGCAAGAAGAAGAGGCAUAACAAUAUUAUUUUUGCUUUCGGGGACUGGAAUUUUCCUACGCCCUAAUUGACCAAACAAACCUAGAUUCCUCAAAUAAUGGCGUUGGACCUAUAGAUAUGUGACAGUAUCAAUUGUGGGUUAGCAAUUCGCAGCAGCUACGAUUAUCAUAGAACAGGGAAAUAUCGCAUGGGAUAAGGACACGGUCGAAGCAGGAUUAACCAUGGAUCCGCAAAAGAUCACCGAGCUGGCCAAUUUGCUCCGCCAAAACGGCGAUAAAAUAUUAAGCUCCGAGUUUACCUUGACGUUAUCAGGUCCCCUUCUGCGGGCGUUGAACGAUUCCUUCACACUGAUCGCGGACGUUGAAAUCGGAUCUACCGUUGGUUCCCACCUACAGCAACAAUCCUUCCAAGUUGUGAAGCCCAUUAAUGCGAAAUCCAGCGUCUUCCCUGACCUUCAGCUGGUCCACGACUUUGUCCAGAAGACGACACUGCUGAAGCUAACCUAUUUCCCCAGCGAGCACUAUUUCGAUGGCGCCAUCGACAUCGCCAAAUUCCGAGCACUUCGACGGCUCGAGGUGAAUAAGAUCAACAUAAGCCAGGUAGUUGGUAUCCAACCGCUGCGCGGACAGCUGCAGCACUUGAUCUGCGUAAGAAGCCUUAACUGCGUGGAUGAAAUUAUCACUCGCUGUGGCGGCGACAACUCCAAUGGCUUUGUAUGGAACGAACUACAGACGGCUGACUUUAGCUACAACAGCCUGCGCAGCGUAGACUCAGCACUGGAGUUUGCUCAGCACCUGCAACACCUUAUUCUACGGCACAACAAGCUGACUAGUGUGACCGCCAUCAAAUGGCUGCCUCACCUAAAGACCUUGGAUCUAAGCUACAACUGCCUUACGCACCUUCCGCAGUUUCACAUGGAGGCCUGCAAGCGACUGCAAGUUCUUAACGUCAGUAACAAUUACGUGGAGGAACUUCUGGACGUCGCAAAGCUAGAUGCUUUGAGCAGCCUGAAUCUUUCAGACAAUUGCCUGUUGGAGCAUUCGCAACUGCUACCUUUAAGUGCCCUAAUGACCCUGACGGUACUCAAUCUGCAGGGCAAUCCCCUUGCCUGCAAUCCGAAGCACCGUCAGGCGACAGCGCAGUAUCUGAAUAAGAACUGCGCUUCGAUGAAGUUUGUUUUGGACUUUGAGCCACUUUCUAAGGCGGAAAAAGCGCUCACAGGCAGUCAGAAGUGGCGCUACAUAGGUUCGUUUAACCACCGAUUGCCUAGGAGUAGCUCCGUGUCUAUUACCAGCUCAAGUGCUUCUAUUAACACCAGUGAUGGUUCGCAGUUUUCCAGCUUCGGCUCUCAGCGUUCGGUAACAGCCAGGGAAAGGGAAUUUCCUGAGUUAGAUCAGUCGAUGGUAUCGGACACCUCUCAAUACAGCAAAAUGAUAAGCUCCAUAAAGAUCCGAACAGUGGAUAUAGAGGAGAACCAUGAGACUGAGUCAGAGACGACAGCUGUUGGCCCGCCAAAGCUUCAGUCGGACUUGGAAGAGCGUCCUGAUUCCUCUCACUUGGAGACCAAAAGGAAAAUAGAGACACUUCGUCUUACUUAUGGCAAUGAAUGGUUAAAGACGGGGAAUGCUGAGCUUAUGCUAGGUAUAGAAACUCAGCCUUCUGAGCAAGAGCGCAACGAGUCUCGACAACUGUUUAAUGAGUUCCUAGGGGAGUUCUCUGGACCACCAAAAAUGAAAGUCAACUCAGCGAAUUCUGAACAUCUCAAUAUAAGCUCUACUCCCACAAACAAUUAUUCGUUAAAUACCACUUUUGACACGACCCUGACCCCAAUUAAGUCGGAUGCGAACGACACAAGUGGUCAAACGCUUUACGAGACCUGUCCUGAGGGUGAGGUGACACAAUACGACAGUAUCGUCAAGGAAACGUCAACAGAGGAGCCACCGCUUGAUAAGCACGACGAGUUGUUGAGACUGUAUGCAAAUAGUUCGAAUGGUGGUCAGGAAGAGGAUCCGGUAUCAGAUGAGGAGUCUGACGAGGAAACCUAUACAGUCUACCAUGAACAAAAGCCAAGCGAAGCCUUGUUUCUCACUAUAUCUUCGAAUUUCAUACGAGAAAAAGAUACACUAACAGAGCGGACAAAAACCAAAUGGAGUUUGAAAAUUCUAGAGUCCUGCGAGCGUGUCAAGGCAAAUACCUUACGAAUUAAUUUCGACACGAUGCGAAAGGAUAAACAGGAGCGUAUCUAUUGCGUAGAGAACGCCUUGUGUCAAGAACUGGAAAAGAAACUGCGAGACAUUCUCUCGCAACGUGAUCUGACUGAGAUGAACAUAUCCAUCUAUCGGUGCGUGAAUUGUCUAACCGAAUUUUUUAUUGAUCAGAAAAGCAAGCGGUAUAACAAUGUUAAGGACUUGAGAUGUCCUGAGUGCCGCAGUGUCUAUGUGGCCGAAGUAACGGAAUUGUCCUCCUCUUUAACCAAGCCUUCUGGGGAAGUGGUAGCAGAGCCCAAACUUUCUCCCGCUAUGAUUAUGGAGGAAUCGCCUAUGGAGUCAUUUACUGGGCCAACGAAUAAGGAAGAGAAUAACAGCAUUGUGGCACACUGCAGGCUUACGGCUGCUAAAAGCACAACCAAGCGUAGGAGUUUGAUGCAAGCCACAAAAAGUUCCGCCAAUUCGCUAAACGAGAGCAGUUCUUGCUCGAAAAUUACCAACUCCCAGAGCUCUUUUGACUCCAAUCAGUCUGUAGUAGGAAGCUCCAACACAGAUCGUGAUCUAGAGUUUCGGGCGAACGAAAGUGAUGUAGACAUCAUCUCCAAUCCGAGCCAAUCCAGCAUAGAGGUUCUGGAUCCGAAUUAUGUUCAGAGUGCCAGUCGGAAGACCUCAGAAGAACGCCGCAUAUCCCAGCUGCCCCAUCUGGAGACCAUAGGCGAUGAAAUAAAGCAAUCUAAGAGUUUUAUCGAACGAGAGUUUGGGCAGCUUCUGGCGGAACAGGCCCAGCCUACUGUGCCGGCUGCAACAGCUGCCACAGUCCCCUCCACACCAUCUGUGUCUCAAGUUCCGCUUACAGAGAGCAGCUCGUCAGGAUCUGUAACGGACAGCAUUUGCACUACAUACGAGCAGCAGGGCACGGAUGUUCCGCAGAAUAUUUCAAAUUCCCUGCUUACUGAAUCAGCAAACAGUCAAUUCAGUAGUACUGAAACUGAUACCAAUAGUCAUUUAAAAAGCGCUGAAGUAGUCAGCCACGUACCGUUCGCAUCCGUUUUUCAGUCAACCAACCGGCUCAUGUCCAGCUCAAAAAGAACGAUCGAGUCUGAGACUACUGUCUUAGGUACUCAGCCCUACAAAUUUAACUACAACGACUUUAAUGAUAUCGAUCACCGCUUGAAACUCUACUUCUACCAACGCAAGUUCAAAGAGGAAGGUGAGCAUUUUAAGUGGCUGGCGAAGGGUCUCAUCUUUAAUGACCAAACUCAGACCGUGGGAGAAGGCCUUGUGGUGAUAUCUAACUGCAUGUGUUACCUAAUGGAGGCGUUUUCUGUGCCCCAAGACGAUGUGACCAAGUGGCUGAGGCAGGUCGUCAGUGUGUCUGUAAGACGCUUAGUGGCUAUUGAGUUGCUGCCCUGGAAGCUUGGGUUAUUCUUUGCUCUAAGGGAUUGGGGGGGAUUCAAGCUGCUUAUGUACGACAUGCUAAGGACCGAUAGUCUACUUCUUUAUUUAAGACAAAAUCCUCUGCCAGAGCAGUGCACAAUGAAUCACCAAUCAUCCCCCACAUACGGAAGUCAAUUGCAAACUAUUGAAUCUGAACCAAUCAAGAUGUGCUCGCUUCUUGCCAGCUGCCAUUCUAUUUGUGACCAAGAGAAGAGCUCCUUUGGACCUUCCCUACUCCUAGUCACAGAGUCACAUGUGUACGUUUCAGGGAACGGCAAAUUCUCUUGGCUAUCGAACAACAUCCCAGAAAAGUAUAUUCCGCCGGAACUUAGUCUCAACCAGCCGUUAAGCAAUCUAGUGGACGUGGAACGCAUCACAAAUCAAAAGUAUGCGAUCAAUUUUAUUGACGAGACGCAAAACAAGUGCGAGGUAUGGAAUUUGCUGUUCGAAACGCAUGCCGCCGCCACGUGUUGCCUGAAUGUCAUCGGGCAAGGGUGGGAGCAACUUUUCGGCGUGCCAUUUAGUCUCUCUGAAACGUAGUAGAGUCUAGGCCGAGGGAUAAGCUUGUGAGAAUGGCUUCACGCCAGAAAAUAAAAGAAAGCUUAUUCCAACUAUUGUGCAAAGUUUAGAAUUGUUAAUCUUAUUGACUAUGUUAUUUAAUGUCGGAUUAGUUUUAUUAACUUAACUUUCGGAAAUGUAGAUCUUUCAAUCAACGUGAAAUGGUGCUUACCCACGAAAUAAAUGUAAAUAUUCAAAUACAA